UAUAUUAGAUGUCUGUGGAAUCUAGCGGCUGUGGCUGUAGCACGAACUAUACAUUAUUAUAGUUAAUAAUAAGUGUAGCUACUUCAUGUAGCAUGAACUGAGAUAGUUACUAUAACUAUCUUAGUUCAUGACAUGUAGUAGUUCAUGGGCUGUAGCAUGGCUUUAUCUUAAGCCAUGGGCUGCGGCUGUGUAUCUAGUCCACGGAUAUAUAAAAAUCUGAUCGCUGUAUAAAAAAAAGUAAUGUUCACGAUGCAAGAUAUAGUCAUAACACGGUUAUCUUAUAUCUUGAUAUAUUAUCCUAGUCCGUGGUCCACAAUAAGACCAUCUCAAUUCGUGGGUAAUACAUAAUACAGUAAUAUUACUCUAUGGGGUAAUAUUAAAUAUUUUUCGCGUAUCAAUCGUAGAUAAAAAGAACUUUUUAUUUUAUGUUAUCCGUGUUCACGAUUUUUAAAUCGGUUUCUUAUUAUACUUAUUGAGAUACACGUAUAACUUAAAUCGUGUGCGUGUCUUUAAACAUAGUACACAACUACAUAAGUAUAUUGUAUGGCAGUGAACAGUGCAUUAAAUGUUCAUGGUACAUACCUAUUAACACAGAACGUGCUUUCAAUUAAUAUCUUAAUACGUGGAUAAAUUUAGAAAUUAGAGAUCAGAUUCUAGAAAGCGAUCAGCGGUGUGAAGUAGAUAUAUCAUUUAAACGAUAAUCGACGGCAGUAUGGCACUAUUUUAUGUGAUGGACACCGAAUAAUGACGACCGUUCUUUAAAGCAAAAUGUUCGGGAACGUAGUGAAGCUCGAUUGGCAGAGUACUGCUGAGGGAGAAACAAUAAUGCAACAUUUUUACAAUCCACAGACAAACGGUAGAAAAUUUUUUGGACUGUUGGAACGACCUAUACUGCCAAACAUAGAAGAAGUGUCGUACAAAUUGUUUUUUGUUGGAAAAAGCGGAGCAGGAAAAUCAUCCACAAUUGCUCGACUUGCAGGGAUAUUAAAUUUUGACGUAGAGUAUGUAGAAACUCGAGGUAUACGUAAAAGUAAUAUUUAUUGGCCUGUAAAAGUGUGGGAUAGAAUUAUUCUAUUUCGGCUGCAAUGUUGGGACUCGGGUGACAGAGACAUUAAAAAAUUUGGGCACAUAUUGCCGGUGUGUAAAGAAGAGGCAGAUGCCAUUGUGUUUGUAUUUUCCUUUACUGACCCUAGUGGAUUAAGUACUAUUUCAACAAAUCUUCCUAUAUACAUGAACGAUAAAAGUAAACCGGCUCCUAUUGUUAUUGGCACAAAGUACUGCGCAGGUGAUUUUACUGCUAAAGUUACAAUUGAUGACAUUGAUGAAUUUGAAAAAACACAAAAAAUCACUAUAUUGAAAAUAAACAAAACAGAUGGAAAAUAUGAUUCAAACGAAACCGAGAUUACAGCUUACACAUUAAAUGUAAUUUGUGAACAAUUAUGGAUAAGAGAUCAAAACUAUAUAUUAAAUCAGGAAAUGGAAUCUUCUCAAAUUGUAUGACCGAAGGGUUGUGGACCAUGGUCUACUUCUUAAUAGUAUGUUUAUGAAUCAUAGAAUCAACAAUGAAUUAUUGAUCUAUUAAGUUAACCUUGAUCAUUCUUCAAAAUUUUUAUUGCAACUAAAUUAUUUUGGUGUUAUAAAAUAUAUUAUAUUGGAUUCAGGGCAACCGUCCUUAUGAGUUCUGGGGACUAUAUUAUUCAAUAUAUGUUUCAUAUAGAAAUAAUUUAUAAAGUAGUGACAUACUUAAUAUGUAUAAUAUAGUAUUUAUAAGUAUAUAACUGUCGUGGUCAAGGAUAUGAUAAUGAGGCAAAUAUGGUAGGGCAAAACCAAGGGGCAGUGGUGCCGUAGUUUUUAAAAUCUGGUCGGGCAAUUCCAAAACUUAGCAGUCCCAAUAGUCAAUAACAUAAUUAUUUAGUAAAUACUAUAGAGGUACUCUAAUGUACAUUUACUCGUAAUAAAGUUAUGAUAUAAAUAAAUGUGGCCUAACGUCCAAUUUUUUAAAAAUGAGUACGAACCAUUGCUUGUAGAAGUUCAACCUUGUCAUCUUACUUGGCCUUCUACAUAUUUUCCAUAAUUUUCAAAUAGAACAUUACCUUAAGCGUUGCAUAGAUAAAUUAAUCAUAGAAAAAAAUUAGAUGAUACUUUCUGUAUAUAAAAUCCAUAGAACUAGAAUAAAAGUGUAAAUGUGUGUUUUGCAUGAACAUUUAAGUAAGUUCUAAUUUUUAUUCCAAUCUAAACUUAAUUUUUUUAAUUUGAGAAAGUUCACUAAUAUGCUUUAUUUUUGUUUAAACUAAAGAUAGUUUAAUUAUUAUUAUGAACUGUAUUUUAAUAUAUAUGUAUAUUUGUUAAGUGCCUUAUCAUUCCUAUAAUGAAAACUGCUUACUAAGUUAAAAGUAUUUUUUCUAUUUAUGUUAUUUGAAUACAGACAUUUAUUUUAAAAUAAUUAAGUAUUUUAUAAAUAUAAUUAUUUUUCAUUAUAAUAUGCAUCAAAUAAAAUAUAUAAAUGUACCCAUGUACAUUUUUAAUUCAAUUUUUA